AUGUCGGCAUGCAUUUCACUUGAGAAAUCGACCACUUGUCCCGCCUUCAAUUCUUCUGUGAUUUCAACCGACAGCGCUCUCGUUGGCCUUUAUCCAUUCCUUCAAUAUGUUUCCAAUGUCAACGACUUUGAUAAACAGUUGACCGCUUACCUCCAAAACGAAUACGUCAAAACCAAAUACGGGACGCUGUUGGGCUGUUCGAAGCUUAAUUUAACCGAUACGAGCAAGUACUAUGCUCGUUACACAACCAGUGUAAUCUGUAAUGGUAUUGUGCAGAAUUCAAAAGAUGCUUGUAGUCCCAGCGAAGCACAAUUGACGCCUUUGUGUGCCGACACAUGUGCCCUAUACGCAACAAACGAAGAGGAAAUUGCAGUCAAUAAUCAAACGUGUGACGCCACAUCCCCAGGAUACAUGACGCAAGUUCGAGCCGAUUUCACAAACUGUGCCCUUCCCGACAGUUCGCUCACAGGCUCCUGUAUCACCGGCGAAGCAAACGAGCCAACCGAGUGUGGAUUCAGCACAAAUCUAGUAGGCCUGUGUAGCUACUGCGCCACCAGCUCACCCAAUGCCACCGACUCUUGCUGUGUCAAUUCCAACGCAACCAACCGCUGUUCGAAUGUCCAUCUUCCUACCACCUCGUCUAUGCCGCCUCUUUUCACAGUCACUGCAACCGCAGCUGCAUCGUCAGCUGCAUCAUCAACUGCUGCUGCUACAAAUUCCUCUCAUUCGGGUCUUUCAGGUGGGCAGAUUGCGGGGAUAGCUGUGGGAUCGGUUGCAGGCCUCGCCCUUCUCGUUGGCCUCGGUGCCCUUCUCUUUUUGUGUUUACGAAGGCGCCGUCAAUCCGACAAUGACAACAUUUUCAACCAGCCCACACCAGCCAGAGCGAACAAAGAAGCAAUGCACGUGGUCGCUGCGCCAGUUUCGACCAAGGGAAGCUUCGAACCUGUCCCGGGUGGCCGCGUUGCAAGGAUGUCAGCAUUGCAAGACGAGAAUGAUGACCUGGACCGCCGUAGUGCUACCAGAGGCUCCUUCCCUGUCGGUGGUGGCGCCAAAUACAGCGAUUCUUCGGAUUCAGAGGGCUUACUGUCCAGCCCGGAGGCCCUUUCCCGAAGGCGCGGUCCACCAAUGGCUGGCAGACGUCAUGGUUCUCUUUCCAGUACUUCUGCCUUGGGUCUGGAAGUAGACAGCUCUCCUCAAUCGGGAACAGCGGGCCAAGUUUCAUCCCCUGAAGGUGUUGCUAGUGGACAAUCCGAACAGCUUCCCUAUUUCCGUGAUUAUUAUUCACAAGACGACAUCCAUCCAAAUGACAAGGUUGCAGUACUAUGGGCUUAUCAACCUCGCGCAGCAGACGAGUUUGACCUUGAUCGUGGCGACAUGCUCAAGGUGGUCGGCAUUUGGGACGACGGUUGGGCAACCGGUGUCCGAAUCAACGAACGCGCUGAAGAAUUUGACGACACACAUAAUGCUCAGCGCGACAGUGGUGUGUCGAACGGAUCAGGAGGAAGACGAGACUCGCCACCUCAACCACAGGGAGAGAUCAAAGCAUUCCCUCUCGUCUGCAUCUGUCUUCCUCAACAUUGGAGAAAAAUCAUUGACGGCGAUUUGCAAGAAGCGGUGUCUCCAUAG